UAUUUUAAUAGCAUUAAUAGAAAUGAAUGUUCAUAUCGAUAUACAUACAUACAUAUUUACAAUAAAUUUUAUAUAAAAUGCGUCGCUUAAUAAUCGGCAGUAUUACUGGCCAAAUAAUCGCGAUGCCCAAUAUUGGACGCUGCUUAUUUUGUACAGCUUCCAAUUUUGGCUCUGUGAUUCUGUGUCCGAAUUGUCCGAGUCCAUCACAGUAACUGCAGCCGCGUUCGUCUGCAACAAUACAAAACAAAAUCUUUAAAUUUAUAAUAAGUAAAACGCAGGCAUACAUUCAUAAUAAGAAGAGAUAAAGGCUGAAAGAAAAAUAUAAAUUAUCUUGCCUCCCAAAUUGAGAUAAUUUUCAUUUUCUGAAAAAAGUUCCAAGAAUGGUAGCACCUUUGACUUUGCCUCCAUUAGUAGUAUAUGUUUAAAAUCGAGCAAUACAGAUUCAUUAUUCGCCUUAUUAAUGAAACUCUUCGCUAUAUACCAGUCGUUAUACUUUCAGAAUGAUUAGUUCGCUCCUAUACAGCACGGGCAUACACCGAAAAAUGCCUUCUUUAUUGACUGUCGAUAAGUGGAUGAAGCUAUGUAGUUCUAUAUGUUUGGCGCUGAUGUUAAUCGAAUAUCUGUUCCACGAAAUAGCGCACGGUAGCUGGCACUCUGGCACUGACAAAGUGGCAAUGGCCGAUAUUUUUUUUUGCUCUCAGCUUCUCUCAGCCUUUUUAGAGAUCCUUUAAUUAUUCAUUAGUUUUAUGAUUAAAGGCUCUCUAGCCUUUUCUAGCGUAUGUUAUCCCCUCUACAGCACAUGUACUAAAUUCUAUCUGAUCUAUCUCGUUUCAGUGCAGAGAGUGCACGUAAAACAAGUAGAACGCCUCAUGUUUAUUGUUCGUUCGAUCAGAGAAAGAAAGUUUCCUAUUCUUUCCCAUUCUUUUCUCUAUUUCGGUUUUCUCUUCGCAGAAUCGCAAACUAAUUUGUCUGCCGAUUAUGAGAUAGAAUGAAAAGAAAUGUCUGCGAGUGCGGAACGGCCGGCUCCUAUGCCCUUUCAGGACAGUCAGUACAACUGGACGGACGAUCUGCCAGUUUGCAAACAGUCCGGAGUGGGCUUUUCUACUAAUCAAAUCUACCGUGAAGAUGGAUAUCGGCAAGAGGAGCAUCCCUUUGAGGAUCGUAGUUUUCAUUGUAGAUACGAUGACUCUACAUUUCUUUAUGCUGUAUUUGAUGGUCAUGAAGGUACUAAGGCAGCCAAUUUUGCUAUGCAAAGAAUGGCUGCAGAAAUUCUACUUGGGCAGCUAAAUGGUAAAUCAACGGAUGAAGAGGUGAAAGAAGUUCUCCGGCAGGCAUUUAUAGCAGUUGAAAAAGGAUAUCUAGAAUCAAUUGGUGAUUUGUUGGCAGAACGUGCUAGUCUACAAUUUGACAUACCUGACGGAUUGAAUUCUUAUGAGACCUAUCAAAAGUUUCCAGACUUGGUUGAUAAACUAAAUGCACUAAACUGCGAAUUAUCAGCUGGAACUAGUGCUGUUGUUGCCUUGGUCUACAAAGGAAGGCUGUACGUCGCAAAUGUUGGAGAUAGUAGGGCAUUGUUAUGCAAAACAGACAGCAAUCAAGUUUUAAGAGUUAUACAAUUAAGCGUGGAUCAUGACUUAAAAAACGAGGACGAGCUUUUGCGAUUAUCUCAAUUAGGUUUGGACAUCGAAUCAGUUAGGCAAGGAUCUCAUCUUGGAAAUCAGGAAAAUACACGUUGUCUUGGCAAUUAUCUCGUUAAAGGAGGAUACAGAGAAUUCGAAGAGUUAGCAGCUUCCAUAGCGGAACCGAUCAUCGCCGAACCGGAAAUCCAUGGCAGUAUCGAAUUAGAUGAAUCCUGUAGAUUUUUAUUGCUUAUGUCGCGUGGUCUAUAUAAAUCAUUGGAGGAAGCAACUGGUACCGAUCAAGUCAAUAAGGAAUUGGCCUCGAUAAUGGUUGAUCAGUUUCGAGUACAGUCUACUUUAACAGGAGUUGCUCAGGCGGUAGUCGACAAGGUCGUGAGAAUUCAUCACGACGUAAACAUGAGCAACACACAAAACACUAUGACCACCGGCAAGCGUGAUGAUAUAACUCUUUUGGUGCGGAACUUCAAUUACCCGCUGCCGCACGCAUUGAAAAGUCCGACUAGUCAGUCGGUUAGAUUCAAUCCCGUGGUGCAAACCGCACCAGUCAACAUACCCGACAAUGAAGAUCUGUCGAGCACCAGCACGGGUGUCACAGAUGAUAACGUCGACACAUCGACGACGGAAACGUCAACGACGUCAGACUUGUAUCCGCCAGGCGCCAGAAUGGUGGAACGAAACGCUAGAAUUAAGCCUUAUGUAGAUUUUUCGGAGUAUUACGAAAAUGUUGAGAGAAGAAGAAAGGAGGGAACGUUACCAGAAGAUAUAGACUUCUGACCACUUAAAUUGAAUAUACAAGUGAAAUAUUCGAGUACUUCAUUUGCAAACGCAAAUGCGAAUCAAUACUUUGCGACUGUGUUAAUAUAUGUAAAUGUUCCUAUUAUUGCAGCAUAUAUAUUUUUAACUUUGAAAUUGUAUUUAUAUUUAGCAUUAAAAUAUGAAAUUUGUAAAG